AAUGGAGUACUUUGGAUUAAAGGGAAUCCGGGCACGGGAAAGUCAACGCUGAUGAAACGCAUUUUGCAAUAUUGCGAAGAAAAACUAUUUAAGAAUAGUCUUAUUGCAGCGUAUUUCUUUAAUGCUCGUGGCGACAGCUUUGAGCAGACGCCAAUCGGUAUGCUGCGUUCGUUAGUGUACCAACUGAUUCACAAGGAAUCGUCCACAUACGAACCAUUUAUCCCUCGGUUUCGUGACAAACAGCAGAAACAUACAGAGUGGGCGUGGCGAGAGCCAUAA